AGUAACAUACAAAAAUCUCUUUGCACAUUUCCAACAAACAAUAUAGUUGCAAUAGUCCAUUGUUUUAAGGUUCAGUUGCAAAGAUCUCAACAGAGACAUUACACUAAUUAAAUAGUUUUUCGUGCUAACGUAACACUGUGGUGAAGUGCCAGUAAAAUCGAAAAGAUAAGUUAGGUUUUAUAAUGCGUUUUAAAAGUAUAACGUGAUAGUUUUCCGGGAAGUUCGAAAAUGAAAGUGUUCAGUUCUUCUGUGAUAUUUUUUAUAGGGUAUAUCUGUGGCAUACAAGCAACAAUUAUUAUUGUGGAAGAUGCAAAAGCUUGUUUCAGAAGAGUGCUAGCUGGAAAAAGGAUAUCGCGUGGACUGGUUAGACGAGCGUUAUCCUGUGAGAGUGUCGAAGAAUGCCAAAAGGAAUGUGCUGAUGAAAAAAUAUUUGCUUGCGAAGGUUUCAAUUACAGGUUAGACCCUUCGGGCAGAGCAAAAGGCGACUGUGAACUUCUCAGCGUACCUCUUUCCCGACUAGAUGUAUAUAGAGACAGUUAUCCAGAUCCGGACUACGAUUACUAUGAAAGAGACAGGAACGCUGCUGCUGUGAAUUGUAGACCGAGGCAACCAAGCCGGCCCUUUAAUAACUACAAUAACUAUGAAGGCUACAGACAUGAUGUAAGAGAUGGAUAUGACUAUGGAUCUAGAAACAGGUGGUCUGAUAGAAGAUACGAUUAUGCUCCCAGACCCGUUGUUAGUUACCACGGUUCUGUCGAUUACAGAGGAGCAGAUCGAUGGAGGAACGACGAAUAUUAUCGAAAACCAAUUCGUCCUGAAAUCGAUAGAAGAUAUGACUACGGACCAGACAAUAGGCGAAGAGGAGAUCACUCUUACCUUCCACGUCCAAAUCAGGAUGACAGAAAUAACAAUAGAAGGUAUUUUAACGAACAUAUUUUACCACCAAAACCGCCUCCGUAUGGUCAAAAAGUAUACGACAGACCGACUUACUACACGUAUGAAAAAAAGUUCCCCUGGGGUUUUAAUCAUCAUCGAUACGGUGAGGGUUACGACUAUCCAGUGCCCAAGAAGAACUUUUAUCUUCCUCCUUCAAGAACGGAUGAUUCAAUUAACGAUUUGGACUGGGGUCUGUAUCAUAAAUUUCAAAAUAAUUUCAGCCAUUGGGGUCUCGAUAAAUAUGGAGGUACUUAUGGUUUACCUCAUAAUGGUUAUUUGCCUCCAGAACCUGAGCUGAUUCCACCUGCUGUUGGAAAUUAUUUGCCAGCAGCCAAACCAGUUGAUAAUACUGGUAUAUUCAGAGUUCCUGAUAGUGCUUUGCUCCCUGUUGAACAUAGGCGACCGAUAUAUAAUUAUGUUCAAGAAGACUGCUCUCUCAGGAGUGUAACUGGAUUUAAGCUACACAAAAGAAUUGUUAAGAAAUAUUUUGCAGUUCCCAACAUUUACGAAUGUGAGCUUUUAUGUUUUAAGGAAAGAACUUUUGUAUGUGAAUCAUACGCAUAUCGUUAUACUAUAACUGUAUCAGAACCCACAGAUAAUUGUUAUCUAAGUAACUUAAACUAUAAAGAGCUAGACCAUUACACGGAUUUAGAACCGGAUAGAGAUUUUGAUAUCUACACCAUGAAUAAUAAAAACAGAUGUAAUCAACCGGCUAUAGAAAGGAGAGAUGACAGUGAUUGCUUUUGGAGAGUCAGGAGUGGUGAACGGUUACAUCAAAAAAUUGUUAGAGACUCAUUGAAGGUAAAUUCUAUUGUAGAUUGUCAAGUGGAAUGUUUGACAUCUACUAAAUUUACUUGCCGAGCAUAUAGCUAUAGAUAUGGUCCACCCGUAAUUAGAGGCUCAAUUGAUAACUGCCAGUUAACGGAUUGGCCAUAUUAUGAGCUAGACCCCAGAGCUCAUUUUGAACCUGAACCCGGAUUUGAAGUUUACGAGAGGGGCAGUUUUGGUCAUGGUUGCGAAACUGGGCACUUUGGCAUUAGAGGUCAUCUCGACAAUCAGCCCAAGCAACUAAAUCCCGAUCAACUUUGUUACAUUGGAUUUGGUUCACCAGCACGACUGCUACCACAAGCUAUUAAAAAAUCACUACAUGUAUCUUCAGAAUUGGAAUGUAAAGAAGAAUGUACAAGAGCGAGAUUGAAGUCACUUUUUCAAUGCAUGUCAUUUAGUUUCUGGUCCAAAGGUUCACGUAAUGUACCAAACUGCUAUCUCUCUGACAUUUAUCAAAGAGAUUUAUUGGCGAAAUUAGAUUACGUCUACGACCCAAAUGCAUUGCUAUUUGCUUGGGACAACUACAAUCCUGAUUGCGUGUUACUGGCUAACGAUCCUGUCCACACCAACCACAUAUCAGGAGGACCGAUUGAUAGAGAUUACUUUUCUCACGCUCUUGACACGUGGCGUGUUUACAGUGUUAACGGAUGGCCAUGCAAACGAGGAGCUUCGUGUAAAGAAAACGUACGGACUGGAUUUUGGUUCUGCGAAAUUGAAGGUGGUGAACAUGGUGCUUGGGAUUACUGUUGUCGGCCGGAUCAUCAGUGUGGUGCUUCCAAUGGAUACCCGUACCUAUGGUGUUAUGUUGGACCAGACAGGACACAAUGGCGAAGAUGUAACGAUAGAUAUUAUCCUUAUAUACAUAAUACAGAUAGAAUAGAUGCUGGAAAAUAUCUGCCGCCUGGUCAAAGUCGGCCUUGGAGGCCUCCACUCUUUAGACCCGAUAGGCUACCAUCGCAAAACCCACUGCCACCUCCUAGGCCAAGUCUUGAUCAGUACGAAAUGAUAUUUGAUGAGGAAUUCUUAGAACCUCCGAAGCCAGGAGGUCUUGGACAGCCGCGACAUUGGCCGGUAUCAUAUCUACACAAAGAAAUGCCGCCAAAUAUGACAGACUCCCGACUGAUGAGAAUGACAGCAGAUACGAAAUACUCUGCAAUACAAAAUCUAAUAGAUGUAAUAAAAAAUAACGACCUUAAAAGCGUACAAUAUCAUAUAACGAAUCAGUCAAACAAUAAGGAUGACGUCCUUUUUGUUAAAAUACCCCUACCUACAAAUUUUACAUUCGAUAACACCACAACCCCUUCAACAAACUACACAAUAGAUUUAGAGCCUAUUACAUUAGACGAUGACGCCAGUGAAUCAAGGAGGUUUCAAAAAUCGUUGCCACAGUUUGUGACUGAAGAAGAUACUACCAUUAAUCUGCAACAAUUUCAGACAUCUCGGCCACGUUUUGUAGAGUGGAAUACCAAACAAGAAACAACAGCGGCACCAGAGAGUUCGUUCGCAGAAAUAUCAAGGCCAAGUUCGAUCUACAGAAGAGGAUUCGUAGAAAGAACCAAUGUUACCACACACGGAAGGCGUUCCAAAUGAAGACUUUUAGCACAAAACACGGUUCCAGCACCAACCUUUACGGAGAUCUCAGUUCAAGAAUGUCUAGAAAAUGAAGUUCGUGAACAUCAUUUUAUACAAAAAACUUCACUGUUUUUGAAUAAACUUUCUAUAUAAUUCU